AUGGCGCCAACUCACUACUCCCGGCGCCGCACCGGGCUCUUCUCAUGGUCACAGACCGCGGCCGCCGCUGCCAUCGCCAUUGUUACCGUGAUGGCGGUUUUACCUCAGGCUGAGGCAUCCGAGCCUGCUGGUGAACAGCAGCGCAGGGAUAUCCCAUCCGGAAAGCGGAAUGUCAUCCUCAUGGUUUCUGACGGGAUGGGGCCUCAGAGUGUUGACAUGGCCCGAAACUUCCGCCAGUGGCAGACUGGCACUGAGAAUGUCCUCUGGUUAGAUGGUUACCUGAUCGGCCAGUCCCGUACUAGAUCCUCCAACAGUGCGAUUACCGACUCCGCGGCCGGCGCCACCGCCUUCUCUUGUGGAAAGAAGACCUAUAAUGGUGCAAUUGCCGUCCUCCCCGACGGUACACCCUGUGGGACUGUUCUGGAGGGUGCAAAGGCGGCCGGGUAUAAAACUGGCUUGGUUGCUACUACCAGGAUCACCGACGCAACUCCUGCGGUCUUCGCUGCGCAUGCUAACUCGCGCUCCUACGAGGAUUUGAUUGCAGAGCAGGAAAUUGGAGAACACCCAUUAGGCCGUCAGCUUGACCUUCUUCUUGGAGGAGGGAGAUGCCAUUUCCUUCCAGGCCGCAAUGGAGGUUGCCGCGACGACAACAAGGACAUUAUCAGGCUCGCCCAGUCAAAGGGCUUUUCCUAUGUUGGCGAUCGCAGGGGAUUUGACGGCUUGAAUGGAGGAGCUUCCGCCAAACUCCCUCUUAUUGGACUCUUCGCCGAUGGCAACAUUCCCUUCGAGAUUGACCGCCGAUACCAGAAUGAUGUAUAUCCUUCUCUUGAAGAGAUGACCCGCACUGCACUCAAGGCCCUAAGCGAUGCCACUCGUAAUAGCGACCAGGGGUUCUUCAUCAUGAUUGAAGGUUCCCGUAUUGACCACGCCGGCCACGGAAAUGACCCUGCUGCCCAAGUCCACGAAGUCGUUGCGUUUGACAGAGCCUUUGCUGCCGUUUUGGAAUUCCUCGAGAAAGACUCCACGCCUGGAAUACUUAUCAGCACCUCGGACCACGAAACUGGUGGAUUGUCUGCCGGCAGAGCGCGCCCAAAUAUUCUCGGCAACGCUUCUCACUCAGCUGAGUAUCUCGGGAAAGUCUUGGAAAGCUAUGGUGGUGGUCGUGACGUUGCCCACCAGUUGGUUGAGGAGGGCCUUGGAAUCCACGAUGCGUCUGACCGAGAAAUUGACUCUGUUGCCCGUAACGGAGAAGAAGGUUUUGCUAAAUUGAUUAGCCAAAGGGCCCAAGUUGGGUGGACGACUGGUGGUCACACCCCUGCCAACGUCAACAUCUAUGCCUCUUCUCGGAACGAUGCCAGUUCUCUUGUAGGCACCCAUGAAAAUACGGAGAUCGGAAACUUCCUCGCAGGAUAUCUCCGUGUAGAUCUCAACGCGAUUACCAGAAGGCUAAGAGGCAUCAGGACCACCCCUCGUCGCAGAGCAGCAGUGUCUGAUGCAUCAUGGAUGGGCAAGCCGCUUUCUAAGGAGGAUAUCGAGAAUCUGAAGAAUGCGCACAACAAUCCUACCGAGGCGUAA